GAAGCGUGUAUUGGAUGCGAUUCUAUUGCAGAAAAUACUUACGCGAUUCUAUCGAGAAAAACCUCGGAAUCAAUUGUGUUGCCCGCUGAAACCGCAGGCCUUUGUAGAGACCAUUAAACCUAUAAUUUACGUUGUUUUUGUUCUUGUUCAGUGUUGUUUAUUUUUGUUUGCCGAAAACGCCGGUGUGCAUUUGUGUGCUAUUGUUUUGUGACUAACGAUUUUGUUUUGUUUUGUUUCGUAUUGCGUGUUGGGGUUUUCGACGCGUGUUUUGCUUGAGGUAGUUCAUCUUCGAAGGAAAAAAGAUAAUAUUCGGUUUCGAGCAGUUUUGUGGAAAGGAUAUUGAGUGAUCUUUUAAAAACAGAAUCAAGGGUGAGGCACCCUGGGUACCGACAAUGAAAUAGAUAUCGCUGAAAACGAUAUCAAAACGUAUGUAACCAGUUGUUUUGGAGUUCCAGUAAGUUCCUAUCGCUCUCGAUGGUUACUACUAGGAUAGUAUGGAUUGGAUGCCGGUUUCCUGAAGAUGGCCUCACGCACCCCGUCCCUUGAGUCGCUGCCCGGUGCCAACUCUAUAGGUUCGCUGGAGCGUGGCUCCUUAUCACCCCUCACCCUUAGCGGAUCCUCGCCACCUGCGAGCGAUUCCGCUGUAUGUGAUUUGCGCGAGUUCGACGGCCUUGAUACAACCUGUGCGAUCUGCAGAGAGACAUUCGUCGAACCCAAAGUACUGAACUGCUUCCACACGUUCUGUAGAGGCUGCUUAGAACGUGAACAAACACACCCCGAUAAAGUAACUUGCGUCACUUGCCGAGUUGACAGCUGCCUGCCACCAGCUGGUAUUCCUGGACUAUUGACAAAUCUUGUCAUCGCCGCUGCUGUUGAACAGGACGCAGAUCUUUUACCGUCUGCUCGACAGACGAACUCACCAACUGCACGCUGCACUGGGUGCAAAUCGAAGGAAUCUGACGCAGUAGCUCGUUGCGUAGACUGUGCCAAUUUCCUCUGCCCAAACUGCGUCAUGGCACACCAAUUCAUGCACUGCUUUGAAGGCCAUCGUGUGCUUGCCUUCACAGAAUUGAAAGAUGACAAGGGCAUGCUUACCUCCACGUUUGCAGCAAACGGAGAUAAGACCGCAUUCUGCCCAAGGCACAAAAAUGAUAUCCUAAAAUAUUUCUGCCGCACAUGCUCAGUGCCAGUAUGCAAAGAAUGCACUAUCAUUGAACAUCCUGCAUCUUUACAUGACUGUGAACAUCUCUCUGAUGCUGGACCAAAGCAAUUAGAACUGAUGCAAACAGCUGUGAAUGAAGCUAAAACCCGAGCAACAGAAAUACGACAUGUAGUGAAAACCGUUGAACAUGCAGCCGGUAAACUCCAAGUACAAUAUCACAAAGCACAAAAUGAGAUAAAUGACACGUUUCAAUUCUAUCGCUCCAUGUUAGAAGAACGCAAACAAGAAUUGUUGAAAGAACUUGAAAGUGUUUUCUCUACGAAGCAAAUAGCCCUCACAGUAGUGGGACAAAAGGCUCAAGAAACUGUUGACAAAAUAUACCAGACAUGUGAUUUUGUUGAGCGUUUGACGAAAUGCGCCAACAUUGCUGAAAUAUUGAUGUUCCGAAAACUUUUAGACAAUAAACUACAGUCGUUAAUGAGCACUAAUCCGGAACAAAGCGUUCAAACAGCUUGCGAACUUGAGUUCGUUUCAAACUAUCAAGCAAUUCAAGUUGGAGUCAGAAACACAUUUGGAUACGUUCGCUCCAGCUCCGAAGCAAAUAUUGGUCCCAGUAAGCAACCCCCUAUUGCGCGACCGACUAAUGGCUCUCUUUUGAAUGGGGGAUCAUCUUCCAGCAGCAGUAGUGUUAAUGGAAGUUCUGGAAGUCUUAAUGGAGGCAUUCAUCUGCCAACAGGACUAAAUGGAGUCUUAGACCGUCCUUACUCAAAUGGUCUAUUGGGUCCCUCUAGCCAGUCUACUUCACCAUUUGAUUCCAACUUAAUUUCAAAGAGAUUUAAUAGUGGAACUACUUUGGGGCCUUUCUCAACUACCAUUGGAGACAUAAAUUUAAAUGGCAUUAACCCAUACGAAAAAUGGUCAAAUGGAGGAUGUGAUUCACUUUUCCCACCUACCACCACCACUGAUCCUUAUUCGCUGACAAGCUCUGCACAUACAGACCCAAUUAUGGAUUUAACCAACAAGUUAAUUUCUACUGCCAUUUUCCCACCAAAGUCUCAAAUUAAGAGACAGAAAAUGAUAUACCAUUGCAAAUUUGGUGAAUUCGGAGUUAUGGAAGGCCAAUUUACGGAGCCAAGUGGUGUAGCUGUGAAUGCUCAAAAUGAUAUCAUAGUCGCUGAUACUAAUAAUCAUCGCAUACAGAUAUUCGACAAGGAAGGUCGUUUCAAAUUCCAGUUUGGAGAAUGCGGCAAACGAGAUGGACAGUUGUUGUAUCCCAAUAGAGUUGCAGUAGUACGUACUUCAGGUGACAUUAUUGUAACAGAGAGGUCACCAACACACCAGAUACAGAUUUACAACCAAUACGGACAAUUUGUACGGAAAUUUGGAGCAAAUAUCCUUCAGCAUCCACGUGGAGUAACCGUCGACAACAAAGGUCGUAUUGUUGUCGUUGAAUGCAAAGUUAUGAGAGUUAUAAUAUUCGAUCAGGUCGGUAACGUGCUACAAAAAUUUGGUUGCUCUAAACACCUGGAGUUCCCCAAUGGCGUUGUAGUCAACGAUAAGCAGGAGAUAUUCAUAAGUGACAAUCGUGCACACUGCGUUAAAGUGUUUAACUAUGAGGGUAUCUAUCUACGCCAGAUUGGUGGAGAGGGUGUUACGAAUUAUCCAAUUGGCGUGGGAAUCAACGCAGCUGGCGAAAUCCUCAUUGCUGACAAUCACAACAACUUCAAUUUAACGAUAUUCACUCAAGACGGACAAUUGGUUUCAGCUUUGGAAAGUAAAGUGAAACACGCUCAAUGCUUUGACGUGGCUUUGAUGGACGACGGUUCAGUUGUCCUGGCAAGCAAGGAUUAUCGUCUAUACAUUUAUCGCUACGUGCAAGUGCCCCCCAUCGGCAUGUAAACAUCCCGAAGUUCGCAUUUAAAUACAAGUUCUAUAACGCCAAAAAACAAUAAUAAUUUAAUUAUUUCAAAUGAUUCUGGCCAAUAUGUGUCAAUUUUUUUAAUGUGACUUUGUGCUACAAAAACUAUGACUUAUUCUAGGCAGGAGUGUAAUUAGGAUGGCUGCUGUUUAGAUGUGAUAAAAAUUCACUAACAGCAAGAAUCCUUCAUUGAUACGUUGGCGACAGAUCUCUAAAUGCAUUAAAUAUUAUGAUUGAACUUAAUGUAAUGAGCGAUACUGUAAUGAGAUUAGUUUUAGUAUUGAUAUUGUUAUGAAUACAUUUUUGAAGUAUAAGAGAUUAUUCCGUUGCGUUGAUCCAAAAAGAAAUUUGUAUGAUUCUCAAUCCCUAUCAUUUUUGAUCUAUUGAAAUAAUAUUUUUUCAUGUCCCAUGUUAAAUUAGGGAUGAAUAUUAAGGGCGUUUGUAUUAUUUAGCCCAUUUGUUGGACCAAUAUUUUAACUAUUAUUACUUAAAAAUUGUUAGGCGUUAAGCGUGUGAUUUUAUUGUAAUAAGAAAGCAUCGAUUGGUAUCGUAUUGUUGGUAGUUCUAAGGAUGUUUUCGGCACAAUAGCACUUCCUGUUUUUAAUUAGCACUUAUUCUGUGUCGACGGAAACGUAAUUAUGAAUCUAAUUAAGAAGUUGUUACAUUAAUAUUAGGUAAGUGUUACAAUGAUGAAACUAUAUGGACAAUCUUUAGUUACUACCCCCUUCUAUGUAGUUACGAGACCAUUAGGACAGGGGUUUUAUCAAUGACAAAGUUGACUUCGGCGUUCCUUAAGACAAUAGAAAUAUAUCAUCUUAUUAGCUGUGAAGAUUUGCCGUUGAGUCUGACGAUAGGCGCAUUAAAAGAUGGAAUGUAAUCUUUACAGAUUUAUGUCACAAAUAUUAAUAAUAAUUAAGUAACGCCAGUCUAUUGAGAAAACUUAAUAGUAUUAUAAAGCAUUUCUAAAACGGUUGUAGUUUUUUAUUCUUGGAUAAUUGGGAUUCUGUUCGUUGACAGUUUCAAUAUUUGGACCGAUGACGUCAUCACCGCCUAGUCACUGAGAGCCUACGGAUCCUGAAAUCCUCAAUUUCGUUGUUUUUUACAUUAGUAACAUUUGGUUGAUAAUAAUAUUAUUCGUUUUUAUACAAACUUAAGUAGUUAUUUUAAUGUUUUUAGACCACGGUAGUAACUAAUAGAGCACGUUAGCUACAUGUUCGUUUCGCUAGAUUUUGUAUUGGUAAUUAAUUAUUUUCGAGAUUUCCGACAUUGUAUGCCGCGACGCAAUCUGCUCACUUUAGUAUUAUAGCUUGAUCGAUAUACAAUACUUAUAAAUCUGUUAUUCCGCUAGGGUAUUUUUUUACGAAAGCAACUUUAUUUUUGUAGCAGUAGUAAUAUGGUGCAUGUUUAAUGUUUAUUUUUAUUUUGUAUUUUAUAAAUAUUAUGCUAUUAUAUUACUUUAUUGCCGUGUGUUUGCGUGUGUUAGAAGAAUUAUUUUUAGUUUCAUUUCUCAGUAGUUAUUUCUUAGCAAAUAAUGUUUUAGAUAGAUUUUUGUGCUGAAUCUAUGACAAUAAACAGAUCUGACACGACCCUUGAUUUUGGGUAAGCGUUUUAUAUUAUUGAUCAGUAUAAGGAUUUAGGAUACGCAUACUAUUUCGUCGAAAUUAUUGAUUUUGAUUUUAUUUUAUGAUUUGAAUUGAAGCCACGCCGAUAUAUGACUACUGGCACCAUUUGCUAAACCUGCGUAACAUGUGCCAUACAACCAUGUUCUUAUGUGAUAUCUGCUAUUAAGUGUUUGUAAAUAUGUACCAUAAACUGAGUUAUUAAAUUUAAUCAUAGGUUUAACUCAUUGACCCUUCCCUAAUCCUUGAACUCUAAUGCAAAACUCACAGUAAUAGUUAUACGCUUUUUAUUCACCCCCAAGUCACUUCCUGAAAUUAGAUCCUUUUAAUUUUAAUGUAUACGAUUUGCAUGGUGCUUUGAUUUUUCAUAUUUGACGUGGCUUCAUAGUUCACCUGUAGGUACUUACCAUUAGAUUAGAUGAAUUCGAAUUUGAAUUGCGACCUCUAGAAUCUAAAUUUCAGUGAUGAAUCGCCAAUGAUCUUAUAUAACUGUUUUGUUCCUAGUAAUUAUUAUCCGGGGUUGCGAUUUCGAGUUGUAUUUCCUCUAAUCUACUGCGCACAUCGUUGUAAGUAUAAGUUGGCAUUAAGCUUAUGCGCCUUCAGUGCUUCAAUUUGUAAGGAAUCAUAUUUUGGGCGUUACUUAAAUUACGAAGCAAUAUUGGUUAGACUGAUUCAUUUAAAUUGAACGACACCGUUGGAACAUAAAGGCUUAAAAGAUCACAUAGAAUUAUCAAGAGGUUUCUUCAUUCGUUGCUUUUGUUCAAUUUUGGCGAAUGAAUGACUUUUUAGAAAAACAUACGCUUCUACUUAAAUGAAAAUUUUUUCAUCGUAUUAUUAGGUACCUAUUAGCGUAGUAUAUCGAAAUUCUAGUAAGGUUAUGCAAAUUAUGACAACUUUUUGAUUUAUUCUACACCAUAUAUUAUUAUUAUUAUUAUGUAUUCUAGAUUCAUUCUUUUUUUGAAAUAAUGAGUUUUGUUUUGUAUUGGAUAUGAUUUAGUUCUUUUCAUUAUUAUUUUGUUCACAAAUACUUUUGUGUUUUUGCAUAAUAUUAUGGAUUCAUGAACGAACAUUCUUAAAUUGCAUUUCUGAAGCUUUGAGGACUGAUUAAAUUGAAAUAUGUUUUGCCUUUAAAUAUAUUUUGUCAAUGUUUGUUGUUAUAAUUAUUAUAUUUUUUAAUUAUUUGUAUAAGCAACUGUUCUUAAAUUAAUGUACCUCGUUUUGUUUUGAAUUAUUUUUGUUGUAUAAUUGCUUUUUUUAAAUAAUACCAGUUCAUUGCAGUUUGACUGUGUGUUUUAUUUUGCUUUGCCCAUCGCUAUUUAGUUUAUUGCUAUGAGAUCACUACUAUUUUACAAGUUGUAAACUGGUAGCAAUUCUUUUUGUGUUUGUGCUUUCGAACCGUUUCCAGAACUACUUACUAGUUGUUCCUCAUUUAUUAUUAAAACUCCGCGAAACAUUUUUGAAAUCGCUUCUAUUUUCAACCCUACGCCAAGUUCGUUAGCACAAACAUAAUAUUUUGGUAGUAGGACCCGCGUGUGUUUUGAAUUGUGUGUGAGUGUGUGCAUUAUUGAUAAUUUUUGAUACAGUUGGUGUUGGGGAACAAACAUUGGCAUGAAAUUAGUAAGUAUUGGUUUAGAUUUUACGGACGUAGUCGGCACCAUAUAGGAACUCACAAUCAAAUGCACAAACAUGUUUUUUAGUCACAAAGCUUUUAUUUUCCUUUCAAAUGAACCGGAAAAUGAAAAGCUUUGUCGUUCUAGUCUAAACACUAGCAUUCCGUUACUCUCAGUGAAUUUGGCGGUAUAUAGUUGCAUAAGCAGUUUCAUAAUUCUUAGUCUACAUAUUCUUAUGAGUGUGGGCUAAUAAAUGUAUGAUAAGAAAAAUUUAAUUCGGAAUUUUGUCUGGAAUAGUCUUUUCUAUUCAAUUAUAAUAGCUGUAUAGUACGGAUUCCUCUAUGUCCUCUCCAAUUCACAGUGGCACUGCUUGGUAUCUACCUUAAUAUUAUAUUAAUUGCUAACCUAAUACCCACAAUUUCCAAGUCAAUUAAUCUAGGGAACAUUUUACUGUCUAGCACCUACCAGGUAAGCAUAUUAGGCUUACGAAAUGUUUAUAAUUUUAUACUCAACAGAUCUCUUAAGACUACAAAAUUAUUAUAAGACUUAUCUUCGGAACUAGGUACUUCAUUAUUCCCAUCAGCUUCUUAGACUCCGACAAUACACAGGUUUAAUAGUGAUUCAUCAUUUUGUUUAUUAACUUCUUUAAACUUCUCUCAGGGCCUUAAGACACAAAGAUAUUAUUCAAUAACAACAAUACAAUUAUCUACAUGGUCUACGAUGUUCAUUGAUGAAAUUUCAAGAGCAAUCCUAAAUUCUUUUAAUUUUACUUUGCUAUCCCAUGAAUCAGGAAGUAUGUACAUAUGUAUAUAAAUAAACUAAUUUAUGUUAGUAACAGUACAUGUUAAUUAUAAGGAAAGCCGGGAUGAGUACAAGAUUGUAACGAUGGGAGGUAUUUAAUAGAUGCAAAAUAUCUUGUGUGAAAGAGUGAGUAUUUUUGUAAUGAAAACUAUGAUUCAAAGAAUGAAAAGUGACACGGUGUUCGAGAACAACAUGGCUUAGUGAGUGAAAUGGAACAGUUAUCCGAAUUGCCAGGAUUAGGGAGUUAAGAUUGAGUUAAGAGAUAAUCAUAUCGAUGUCUAGACAUAGUUAAGAUUACCAAUUGUUUGAGAUGUCGAGAUCUCGUUCAUCAAACUCACCUGUUAAUAAUCAUCAAGGCUAUAACUAUUGAUGUUAGCGUGUCAUAUUUGUGUGUGGAUAAUUAAACCACUCAUUAUAUUCAGUAGUGUGUCGUUAAAUUAAUUAGAUGGUAACUGUAUGUUAUGUGAUACAAUAUAUUUGCAAUAAUUGUAUAUAGAACUGUCGCUUUUGAAUACGUUUGCAGGACUCCGGAUGACUUCCAAUUCUACUGCGUUUGUACGACUAAUGUCAGACAAAAUGUUAUAUUCAAUAGUUCUAUUUGUAGUGGUAAAAAUUGAAACUUAUUGAAAUAUUGCGUAGGAUCAAUCAUCAACUGCUGACGACGCCGCCGUCCGCAGACGUGAAUAUUGCUCAGGAAUUGUUUUAAUUCUCUCAUUACAAUAUUUUGAUAAUUUAUUACGAUAUUUUUCUACCAUCGCCGCGGAUAUAAGCGGAUUAGUAUAGUUGUUGAAUUUCAUUCGCUGUUUAAAAAUAAUUUAGUGGACUUUGCACAGAACGUUGUAUUUCACUUAAUUUUUGAAAUUUUUUCUUGAAUGUAUAAUGCAUGCGAUUAUUUAACUACAUUCAAUGACUGAUGUUGUGUUUAAAAAUAAAAUUUUAGUGUUGGACAUUGCGUAGGGCGGAACGAAUGUCUACUUGGUGUAAAAAGUUGAAGAACACUUCGAUGUCUUUUCGUUCCGUUUCCACGCGAAUUGUCAAAAUUGUGAUUGUUGUAAGUUAAGGUGAAGCUAACAAAGCACAUAUGAGCACAAACCAUCCAUCCUCAAAGAUUACGCUGAAUGUUUUAACUAACUCACGUUUGAAUUUAUGAUACAUUUUAUUGUAAAAAAAGAAAAUAUUUUACUAUCCCUUAUGUUGGUUGAGACGUUUGCAAAUAAUAGUAUUUAUUUUCACAAUGAUAAUUUUUUAUGGCAAGUUUUGGAAACUCUUAAGGUGUUUUAUAUAUUACGAAUUCUACAUUACUAUUGAUUAAUAUAAGCAUAGAAUUAUCAUUAUAUAGUAAUUCUGAAUUACUUCUGUCUCAAGUUUUACCAAUAUUAUUUUCUGUGGAUCUAUUUGUGUUCUCGGCAAAUGUAACAAUCUUUGACUUCUUGUGAACUAUUCGAGUUCAGGCCAGAUCCAUUUGUAAAAAUAUUACAAUUGCUUUUAAAUUGGCUUGUUUAAUAGAAUAUGUUAAGAAUUUUCUAGGUAUACGUGUAAGAUGUGUGAUUUAAGUUAACGAUAAAUAUUAAGUGGAAAGAUUCCAAAUACUGUGUAGGAUAAAAUGUGUAGCUAAUUACAUAUCAAAAUGUUUUUAAUUAGUAAAGUUUGGCAAAGGUUGAGGAGCGUAGUGAAGUAAUGUGUAAGGAAUGGUUACAGACAAUAUUUAGGCAGUUUAAAGGUGUUAAACAAUUGAAAUCUUUUAAUAGCUAAUUGUUUCAAAAUUAGAAACGGGACAUAUCAUCCACCAAGUGGUGUCAUCCGACUUAGUGCAUUCAUAGAUCAAUUCGGCCUCGCGUCGCUGGAAAGUUACCGAUCGUUGUCAUGGAAUAGGAAAUUUGGAAUCUUUCUAGAAGUAGUCGCAACGUGUUGCUUUUAGAUAAUUCAAUGUUAACGUAUAAUGUAUAUGCACGUAAUAUUACCUUAGUUUUACGAUGCUUGAAAUGUCCACACUCUAAUCGAUUUUACACGUUUUAAGCCAUCCUGCCAGGUUUAUUGUGAACACAAUGCUUAUGAAGAUUAUUGAUAUAUAUCCUACUUAGAUGUAUGUUGUAGUGUGUAUUUUUAGAUAUUGCAUUGUCUACGUUAGAUUAGUUGAUAAGACACCUUGAGCUUUGAACGUUCUCUCACUGGGAUUGAUGUUAGUCCAACAUUGAGUUGUAUUGAUUCCAUUAACGGUAUCAUUGAUAACUUGAAUGUCGUUGAAGUGCUUUCAGAAAGCAUUUGUACGCACGAGCAUAAUUUCAACCGCUUGCAAAUGCACUGUUGGCUGCUGUACUUUGGCAAGUCCAACCUUGGUCUUACAUUUUGAAUAUGUAACUAUGUAACUUUUUAAUAUUGAUCUACUGAGACACCACUUUGCGCCGAGGCCUUAAAUUCUAAGGGAUAUUCUAUUCCUUUUUUAAAAGUAAUAAUCUUAAUGAAAUUUUGUACAGACUUAACUAUUUCCCGUACUUCAUCCUAAUCAUAUGUACUUAGUAAUAUUGUAAGGGCUAUCUAUGUAUCGUAUUAUAUACCUGUCUAGAUUAGAGGUUCGGUAGGGCACUGUAGGCGCUUUAUCUGUUUCUAACUUGUAAGAAGUUGUUGAUUUCAAUAUUCCAACUCAUGCAUAUCCCCAUCUCUUGAUGAUUGUUACCUACACUAGUUACUUUGAGACUGUUCAUAUUACUCUAUCGAGUUUUCUCUAAGGGAAAGGGCUAUUUUAGCAGAUAUUUUUGAUACCUUGAGGAUAAUCGAAGGGAAACGAUCUAAAGAAGGGAAUCUUUAAAUGAUUCGCAUUUCUUGAAGUGGUUCUGCUACAUGCGGAGCAAGAGGUCCAAUAAAUUUGGGCGUGUUGGGUAUCGUUUCCGAUUCUACUCUGUGGACGUGAACGAUAGUUAAUGUUACUGUAAGGAAAGAAAAAAACGUUGUUCUUAUAUGAGAUGCGAUAGAUUUCGCUGAACUUGUUGUUUUCGUAAUAUUUCCUUUAUUUUUUGUACUCUUUCGUGUUAAGGUAAUUGUAAAAUGAAAAUUAUUCAAUGUUGAUAACUCUAAAACGAAUAAGGUAUGCGUUAAGUAUGGUAUAAUUAGUUUCCCCGAGAGCCUUACUAGUGAAGCCUUUUCCUUAGAAAUUCUUAUUUCCUGUUUUAGUGUUAAUUGUGAGGAUACAAUUAAAGUACGGUUGGUGAUUGAAGAAUGAAAGAAAGAACAACAUCUAUGUGACAUCUAUUCGUCUAUUAAUUCAUUCUAUUUUCAUUUCUCAUAAUGAUUUCACAUUAUACAAAAGACACAACAAAAUAAUUGGCCUAGAAAUGAUUUAAGAUAACAAUUAGGGUUCAUGACUUAACUUAGAUCGUAUUACUCAAAUUUAAGACUGAUCACAGUAAAGAAAAUUAUGAGGAAGCAACAAAAUUGUUUAACUAUGAUUUUAUCUGCGUUAUUAUAGACUUAUCUCUCUUGUAACUUCAAUGCAUCUUGCUGAAAAAAGCGUGCGAAAUCAUGAUUGCAGUUACAAGUUAGAUAACAUUUUCUAAAUCUCCUAUUCUGUCUUCUACUAAAUAUCGUAUUUUCGGAAUUUUGUGUGAAACGUUUGGUAAUGUUAACAUUAACGUUACUAUUGUAUUCAAAUGGAAGGAAAAAAUACUAUUUGUUGCCAAAGUGUUGUUAGGAAUAAACAAUGUAGUUAUAAAAUCGGUUGUCACAUGCAUAAUAAGUUGUUCUUGGAUGGUUCGAAGUUAAGGAGAGUUGAAAAAUAUUUCCAAUGAUAUAUUUUUUCAUAAUGACUUGAAUUCUAAUCGAUACUUAAGAUUUAUAUUUGUGUAGGUAUUUAAAUUACGUGUGGUAAUUAUAGUUGCCACGAUUCUCUGACAUUGAAAUCUUUAAGAUCGUUUACUACUUACGGCAUGUAAGGAGACAGAGGAUCAGAAGUGUUACAACUCUUUUCCGAAGUGUUACAACUCUUUUCCGAAGUGUUACAACUCUUUUCCGAAGUGUUACAACUCUUUUCCGAAGUGUUACAACUCCUUUCCGAAGUUUCAAAAGACGCAGAUGAAUCGUGGCAAAUAAUCUAGUUGUUAGCGUUCAUGUUACAUUAGAUUGUAUUCGAUCUUUUAAAACUGAUACACUCGUUUCCGCCUCAGAUGCACUUUAUACAACCCCACUAUUACAUUCAGCACUUACUUCAUCAGUAUUUUCAUUGUUUCAAUUAUGUUUAUUAUUUAUUAAUGUAUUGUAUUUAUGAAGCUAGUCAACGCUUUCGGUUAGAUUAGCUACUAAGUUUCAUUGUGUAAUGUGUUUAGUUUGUAAUUUAAUAUUUAAAUUUGUUCGCGAGGUUAAUACUUCUCUCUAGUCAUGGGUUUUGUUUGUACUGACUUAGCUAUGUUUUGGUUUGCUAAUAGGUUCUUCUGUUUGCUCUAAAAGCAUCACCAAUAUACUAUUUCAACCCGUGAUUUAUCUGGAUACGUCAGUUUGGUAUUUUUAUUUAUUUAUUUUUAUCUUCAUUUAAAUUUUUCCAGCUUCCGUUGUUUUAAUGUUUUUUGUAUGACGCGUUUGUGUUUUCAAAAUAAUUUAUGAUGUUUAAAAUUAAACUUUUAUGUGAUUAAGGACAACAUAGAAUUGUAAUUUUUAUUUAUUCAACUCUAAGUAAACUACGUUAUGGUAUAACAUAGUUUUAUAGAAACAUUAAUUUUCAUAUAACUAGCCCUUUGCCUGCACAAAUUUAAGAUAAGGCUAAUAUUCAACUUUUAAGUCUUCAAAGUAGUUCAUUCAUACUCUGUUUUUAUUUACUGCGCUAUAGCACGUUAAUGCUAAAAUACAGUGUUGUACAAAAUUUGUCGAACCAAAAGUAAAUUAAAAUGUACCUUCACAAUUAUUCAAAAUAACUACGAUUUCUGAACGGACACUUUCAAGACUUAAAUUUGUUUGGCUAGUAAUGUAAAUUAAUCUGCAACAUUUUGCCAACGAGAUGCUUGAAGGCGUAUGAAAACGUAUAGCCUAAAAGAUCUAACAUAUACAGCUAUUAUCAGUCGUCAAAUUCGCCCAUCGUGAGCCUAUACUGUAUGUUAAUAUCAAAAUGGUUAAUUAUAAAAAUCCUAUAGUAUAUUUUCAGCACGUUAUUACGUCGCUAACACAGAGUGACAAAGUUAUAAUAAUUAUAAUGGCCUCCCGUUAGCGAAUUGUUGUUCUAUAAAUCUAUAAGAAUACUGUUCCAAGAAAUAAAAUAGCAAUUUUAAAGAAAUAAAAGUAUUUUCAUUAAGGUGUCGUUCCAAGUGAUAGUGUCACGUAAGACGCUCUCACAAAUAAUUAUAUUAAAGUUGUCCUUAUUCCACGCUUGAUACAAUAAUUUUACAUUUUCAUAUUCUGAAGUUCUACCAAACAUUCCAUUAUUUAGGCAACAGUUGUUAUUGGUUAUGUUAUUUUUUGUCACGUGUGGGUUGAAAGCCAUUUUAAAUCAAAUCUGUAAUCUCUUACACUGCGGUGUUUUGAAGAACGCAUCGAUACUCUACUUGUUAUUCAGGUAAUUUAAGUUAGUCUGUAAGAAUUGAUAAAUAUCUGAACGAUAUGAUGAUAAAUUUACUUGUAUGUUGUAUUAAAAUAACAUGAAUAAAGAAACUGGUUUGAAAA